UCCCGUGUAUCCGUUCCCCCGCUCUAUUAAGUGUCGCCGUGCGUUUGUAUUUGUACGCGUGUUUGCGGCUGGCAGUAGAGCCCAGAAAACCCUAUGACAAAUUUAAUUUACUGGCAAUACAUCUGAAUAUACACAUGUACAUACUUACCAUGAUUUAUUGCCAGCAAACGAGCCGUGAUCUAAAGUGACAUUUUUUGUAAUAUUCGAUUUAUAUGCUGUUGAAAACCAGACUAAUAUUCGAGUGAGCGGCUUAAUAAACUUUAAAUAGGCACAAACUGUAACCAUAGCAAAGAUGCUCUUUAAGUGGUUGCUGUUCUGCCUCUGCAUCAUGCCGGCCAUGUUCAGCACAACGCAUAGAAAAUGCCCCGCGGAAUGCACCUGCAGUAUGGAUGAGUUGAAUCGUUAUCAGGCUAUCUGCACAAAAGGCGGCCUGAGCUCUCUAUCGCCCAAUCAACUGGACAAGGAUGUCAAGGUGAUCAUUAUAAAAGGACCUCGUAAUACCAUUACCAUUGGACCCGCUCUGCGUCAGUUCAUGCAGCUGCAGGUGUUGCGCAUCACAGACUCGAAUCUUCCUGCUAUUGGUGCCGAAUCCUUUUGGGGCCUGAAAUAUCUGCGCACAUUAGAUCUCUCAAAGAACAACAUAACGAACAUAACAGAGAACAACUUUCGAGGCCAGGAUAAUCUGCAUGAGCUGGACUUAUCGAAAAAUAAAAUACUACGCAUGGCCAGUUCAACGUUUCGACACUUAACGGAGCUGCGACGUCUUAGCCUGGCUGAUAACUCAAUUGUGGAGCUCGUGCAGCGUAACUUCUUCAUGCUGAGCAGACUCAAGUACCUGGACUUGAGCGGAAAUCCGCUGCAGGAUUUACAGCCGGAUGUGUUUCGCGAUGUGCCGGAACUCAAAGUAUUCAAGUGCCGCAAUUGUCAGCUGAAAAAAAUCAAUCCACAGUUGUACAAUUUAUUGCCGCUCUUAAGCGAAUUGGAUUUGGGACGGAACGAGUUCAAAUUCCUCGACAAGGACGAAUUUCGAGAUGUAAAUCGUCUGACGAAAGUUUUACUCGACGGUAAUCAAUUGUCUGUGGUCGUGGACCAGCUCUUCCGGAUGCAGAAAAGUCUUAAUCACUUGGAUUUAUCAUACAAUCGCCUAGCCAAGGUGCCCAAUGACUCGUUCCUGCAUUUGAAUAAUUUAACCUUUCUGGACUUGUCCUACAAUAAACUGGUGCGUCUGGAGCCGCAGUCCGUGCGUAAUCUGACCAACCUGCAAACUCUCAACAUCAGCGGCAAUGUGCUAAUGGAUUUGCUAGAGAUGCGUGAAACCUUUGAGAUGAUACCACAACUGACGCAUCUGUCCAUUGCCGAUAUGGGCCAACUACCAGUUGGCUUACUGGUGCCCUUCAGACAGCUGCGCUAUUUGAAUAUAUCUGGCAAUUCGUUGGACAAUAUGGCACUGCAAGUUAUUGCCCCGUGUCGUGAGCUGGAGUUUCUGGAUUUAUCACGAAAUCAAUUAUACGGCAUCAGCGAGGACACAGCGCUGCGCAUUCAAGGCAUUCGCAACGUGCGCCUUGACAACAAUCCUUUGAUAUGCGAUGAAUGUCACAUGGGAAAAUUAAUAAAUGUUGUGCGACAGCUGCAGUGGAAAUGGGAUACAUAUCCGAUUUGUUUUCUGCCCAAAAGUUUGCGUGGCGCCGAAAUCAACAAUUUGGACAUUGGCGGCCUGCACACAUGUCUUGAUUACAUCAGUGAUGAGGAGCAGAAUGCUGCCAGCACUUCGUAUAAUUUUCUUGAGCACGGCGGCCUUAAUACUCUCGCCAUUUUGGGCGGCAUCAUUUUUGUUCUAAUUACCACCAUUAUACUGUCGGUUGUGGUCUGUUUCUCCAAAAAUCGUGCCCGCUAUUAUACUAGAGAGGAUCAUCUCAAUGGCAGCGAUAGCAAAUGUUUGGAAAAGAAUUUGGAGGCCACCACAAUUACGACACUGGGCAAUGGCAAUUCUCCAACAACUACAACCACACUCACGCUGGCCAUAUCACCCGCCGCAGCGCCCGCAAAUGGAACAAAUGGCACAAGUGGACUGGCCGGCAGUCCGGCCGGCAAUGGCAGCACCAUGAAGCAACAGCCAACUGGCGUCAACGAGGCUGGUAAGGAAAUCAACUUUACAUUUCCCAUGGACGAUCGCGUGUGCACCAUCGACGAGCUGGUGUUGCCCCCAGCGCCUCCGCCACCCCACAUGCGACACGACCUACCCAGCAUGGGCAGUCUGAUGUAUAAUGUCUCCCACACGCCUGGCAACACGAUGGCGGGGACGACCACGACGCUGGCGGCGGUGGCUGCAGCAGCCACCGUCAUACCACCCGGUGCCCCCUCAGCCGGGGGUGGUAUGACUGGCACUUCGCCCUUGCAUGCACCCACGCCGACGCCAGCCGAGGCAGUUGUUGUUGUGCUGCCGCCUCCGCCGCAGGCAGGCAGCGUUAUCUCCUUAAGAGAGGCACAGCAAUUGGUGCAUUUGAGUGGCAGCGGCAUCGGCGGCGUCAGUGGCGGCGGUGGAGACGUGGGCGUGCUGGAGCCACUAGUCAGCGUCAACUGA